AUGCUUAUCUUGAUUGAUAUUAUUAUAAAUCUUCAUAAAUGGCACAGUGGAUUUAAACUUUCAAAACAAUAUUCAAAAAUUUUAUAUUCAAAAUCAAACGAAUUAAAUUCUUAUAAUGAUCCAAUUCUAUCACAAAAUCAAUUUGAUAUUGUUAUAAGUUAUUACUCUGAAGAUAUUGACUUUGUUGUACAAUAUAUUCGUUAUUUAAAAAAUGUUUCAACUAUACAAAAACUUAAUCCUCGUGUUAUUGUCUAUAAUAAAAAUCCUGAUAUUAAUAAUGAAAUUUUAAAAUUACUUCUAGAAGCAGAUAUUAUUCAAUCAUUGCCUAAUUUAGGAAGAGAAGGUGCAACGUAUCUUUAUCAUAUUAUUAAUAAUUAUCAUAUUAUUGCUAAUCAUACACUUUUUUCACAAGCUGGUGUUGAAGGUAUUACUAAUAGAGGUUUAGCUGAUUGGUAUUUAGAUCGAUUAGAGAAACAAUUUAAUUCAUCAGUUGGAUAUAUGCCACUUAUUACUAAUAGUAUGAUAACGAAUUAUGAUUGUGGUUUACAUAGGACGGGUAAUUUUCCAAGAAUGGCUCAAUUAUGGGCGAUGCUUGAACAAAGUUUGUGUCCACCAGGUGGACAAGCAGUUGCUUUUCGAGGUCAAUUUCUUGUAAGUGGUAAACGAAUACAAAAUCGACCUUUAAAAAUCUAUAAAUAUCUUUAUGAUCUUAUUACUGCUAAUAGUUCACAUUGGCUUCAUCGUGAUUUACGUUCUUUUUUCUUUAAAUCCACACCAGAUAAUCCAAUAUUUGGUCAUACUGUUGAACGUAUAUGGACAAUUUUAUUCAAAUGUUAUAAACCUGAUUUAUAUGAUCGAUGUACCAGAAGACAAUGUGCAUGUUUUGAUGAAUCUUAA